CUUUAUGCCCUGUUUGCCGCCGGAAACUCUGAGCGUUUAUAGCAACGGCGAGAGACGAGACGGGCUGAUGGGAGUGAAGUCAGGGAACGCAGAUACAUUUCAAGCUGGUCUGCGUAGUAACUGGGAAGAAAAUCGUAACCUAUUGAUAGAAAUUUGUACUUCAUGUUUUUAGUUUGUCAUUGUAAAACGGUGUUGUAGGUUUCUCAGUGAUGCAGUUUUAAUUAUAGUUUGUAUUAUUAUUAUUAAUCACAUCUGCCAGCACUACAGCACACGUAGGGAGAGGCAAGUGUCGUUUCAGGCCGCUGGAAGAGGCAGACAGUAGAAAACAGCCUCUUAAUUUAUCAGACUAUUUGAGGGAUUUUGAGAGGAACUGGAUUCAUAUCUUAGUUUGUGUAAACAAGUGAGUUGGGGCAGGGGCCUGCAGAACGUUCAGUGCCUGGUGUUGCAGCUGCCAUAGACAUGUUAACAGCUGGAUGCCGGUAGUGUUAAAGUACUUCCCACAAACAUCAAGUGAAGAAACCCAUCCUUGCCAAGGCCUGCCGGUGAGAGAAACUUGAAGCUUGCAGUCAUGCUGGAGGAGGAUAUGGAGGUGGCCAUCAAGGUGGUGGUUGUAGGGAACGGAGCUGUUGGGAAAUCCAGUAUGAUACAACGCUAUUGUAAGGGCAUUUUCACAAAAGAUUACAAGAAGACCAUUGGAGUGGAUUUUCUUGAAAGGCAAAUUCUAGUUAACGAUGAAGACGUCCGGUUGAUGCUGUGGGACACUGCAGGGCAAGAGGAGUUUGAUGCAAUAACAAAGGCCUAUUAUAGAGGUGCGCAGGCCUGCGUUCUAGUGUUCUCUACCACUGACAGGGAUUCCUUUGAAGCGAUCCCCAGCUGGAGAGAAAAGGUGGAAGCUGAAGUAGGAGACAUCCCAACAGUUCUAGUGCAGAAUAAAAUUGAUCUGCUAGAUAACUCCGUAAUAAAAAAUGAGGAAGCAGAAGGUUUAGCAAAGAAGCUAAAAUUAAGAUUUUAUCGUGCGUCUGUAAAAGAGGACCUGAAUGUAAAUGAAGUAUUUAAGUAUCUAGCUGAUAAAUACCUUCUGAGGCUCAAGCAACAAACCGCAGAGGAACCAGAACUAGUUCAUACAACCAGCAAUAAAAUUGGAGUCUUUAAUACAGCUGGUGGAAGUCACUCUGGUCAGAAUUCUAGCAAUCAUAAUGGUGGAGAAGUCAUCAAUCUUCGACCAAAUAAACAGAGGACCAAGAAAAACAAAAGCCCAUUCGGCAGUUGCAGCAUUCCGUAGAAGUUGCUUCUCAGUUCUACCCCUUUGUUUAGGAUUGUGCAGUCGUUCAAACCAUCAAUGGAUAGUCUCCAAGCUGCUUUGUGGGUGAACAGAUCUUUAGAUUGGGCAAAAUGACUUUGUUUCGCAUUUAUUGCUGCAAGACUUCACUAGCUUUAAAUGUAACCCCCCACCAUUCCCAGGUGAUGCUUGCUGAAAAAUAAGCUAUAGCUGCACCAUUGUCUCUUGUAAGUGCGAACGGAAAACACAUUUUAUAUAUUUUUUUAAUGAUCAACAUUCCAUACUGUUGCUGAAUAUAAAAUAUACAAUAUACAAGCACUUGUAAUAACAGUAUAUAUUUAUAUAUAACAUUAUUGAAAGAUAUAACUUCUGACAACUGAAUGGCAUACCGCUACAUAAAAAACUUUAACUAAAAUACCAUUUGUGCAUCUUACUGUGUAGCUGCACAAUAUAUCUGUUUGAUAGAGGUAUGCAUUAAGACCGUUUUGGUUUUGCACAUUCCUUUAAUGAAGUUGUUUAAAUCUUUUGAUAUUCCAUGGGUAGACAUUACCAUAUACAAUUUUACUGUUAACAUUAAGAAGCUCAAAUGCUGUUGGUAUGUGUUUUGAAAUGUUUACAUGUACUGUGCUAAAUGAAUAUAGGUUAAUAUAUGAAAGUAUAGCUUUGGAAAUUAUAUGGUGCCAAAUCAUUCUAACAAUUAUUGCCUUCCUUUUAACCAGAAUGUUUUAAAUUGUGUGUACUUUUCUGCUAACAUUUCCAAUUUACUUGUAGAUUGAUCUCAACGAUGUUUUAGGAGUCUGACAUGCAAUUUGCCUGUUUUUGUUCACAUUGGUUGGAAUUGCACUGGUAAGCUAACAAUCCCAAGGUUGUAUUUAUUCAACUGUAAAACCAGAUGCAAGACAAGUUGUGCACUUGCAUCUGAAAUUCAGUAAUGGUUGUUAGGUUAAAAGUACAUAGUCACAUAAUUGUAUGUAUCUUUUAUAGUUCUAAUUGGGUUUUUUUUUCUGCAAUUGUGUCCUUUUUUUUUAUUUAAACACUAAUAACUGGAUAUGUCAUGAGGUACAGUGCUUAACAACAUUGGAAUUUGGAUUAAAGCAUUAAAGAAUUAUCUGAAAUCGACUCUGCCCUGCAUGAAGUCCAACAGUAUCAUGUGUUUUAUUUGGGUUUUUUUUUCCAUUCAAAAGUAGUAUUAAACUUUAGGGAGGCAAAAUCACCAGGGAUUGUUUCUCCUCAUAAUGCUACAGUAGACCCUACCAGCCAGGCACCCAGUGGGCAGACACCUGUAGAGCUCCAGGGGCCGGUAGGUCGCUAAUAUCUGCUCUUGAGUUCCUGGGUGUAAAAGAGGACGUCCACUGACUUGGUUUUCUUGAGCUGUGUGACGGAAUUGCUGCAGUGAGGGUGAAAAAAAUAAUUGGACAUUCUAAAUGGGGAGAAAAUCUGGGGCAAAAUAAUUGGGCACUCGAAAUUAAAAAUAAAAUAAAAUGAAUAAUAAUAAUUUGUAAAAGGUGUUUAGGGGCAAAAUUCGAACUACAUUAGUAUGGGUAAUACAGUUCUGCCUGCCUUACCGAAAUUUAGAUUAUUUUUUAUCUUGCACUUUGUUGGUACACUGCCAGUUGGUUUGGGAUAAGAAGCCUAUUACAACUGGUGACUGUUGUGAGUAACUGCUCUUUACUCUAGUGUAGAUCCAUUAUAACCAAAACCAGAGACCAUAACAAUAGACACUAGUAGAAUGGAAGCUCCAACCUCCAUCAGACACUAUAGAAACUAAAUACUAACUGGAACCAUAACUAAAACAAAGUUGAAGAAUAAUAAUGUAGGAUGGGGUUAGGCAGUUGUCACAUGUUGGGUUUUGUAUUAAUAACCUAACUGCGCAUCUACAAACCUUUAGAAAAACAAAUGUCUAAGGAUUUUCUAUUAUGGGGCAUGUUGGAGACCUGCUGUUUUGGGUGGCAAAGGAGUUUUAGACAGUGUAGUCUUUGUAUUCAUUGAGUGUUAAGGCAGAGAUCACUGUAUACAUAGAGUAUAUCUAGAAAUAGCAAACUGGGGCAUAAUGUAUAUACUGUAUAAAAAUGAUUGUGAUGUCUAUUUAUUAUAUGACUUACUGCAUGAUCUACCUUAAAGUUGGACUUGGUUGUCUUGUGUUUAAGUCUAUGGUCUGCCUAGUAAAAUCUUACUGACCUGGCAUCAAUCUGACCUGGCAUCAUCAAAUUAAAGCCUUCUUCCGGCUUUAUUAUUUGAAAUGUAUUGUUUUAUAAUGUGGCUUGAAAAUUUUUGAAAAUUUGCAACAAAUAAAAUAAAUUCAGGUUUAACGUUGCCUUGUUUAACUGCUAAUCAUAGACCAACCAUAGUCCACUGUGUGCUAGCAAAGACCUGGAUGUAACAUGCUAAUUUUACUAAUAUUCAGUCAUUUCAAGCUCAUACCAAUUUUGAUAAACAUAUAUGAACUUUGACAAAAACAUUGUAUUUUCCUAAAAAGAAAAUAAUAAUGUUUGUUUUUAUGAAGAUGUUUCAUAAAAAAGUGCUUGGUUAUUUUUAGGAACAUUAUUGAUGUAUCAUUUGAAGGUGAAUGCAAGUUUGGAUGGUUUUUAUUUUGUUGCUCAAUAUUCUUUUACAUUGCUUUCUGUCUUUUUAAACUGCAGAUAUAUAUCCAGCUUUGGGAUGUGCCAUGAUAAAUCACAUCAGCCUUAUUUUUUUCUGUAUGAUGGUUGUGAAGUAAUUAAUAAAUGAUAAAAUUGGUCUGAA